CGGGCAGGUUCUUGCGGAAGUCUAGGCGCCAUUGGGAACGCUUCAGCAGCUGCUCUGUGCCCUUGUUGCCGAGAGCCUCUUCCUGGGUCAUUCCUAGGGUAGACGCUGGACUAGGGUUGACACGGGGAUUCCCACGUAGCCGUCUCGGCGCCCCUGUAACCUCUCCGCCGGCGGGAUGUGGCGACUACGUCGGGCCGCCGUGGCCUGUGAGGUCUGCCAAUCCCUGGUGAAGCAUAGCUCUGGAAUGAAGGGAAACUCACCACUCCAAAAAUUGCAUCUGGUUUCACGAAGUAUUUAUCAUUCACGUCAUCCUACCUUAAAGUUUCAGAGACCUCACCUAAGGACGUCAUUUCAGCAGUUCUCUUCUCUAACCAACCUUCCUUUACGUAAACUGAAACUUUCUCCAGUUAAAUGUGACUACCAGCCUCAUAGGAAUUUUUGGCCAGCAAGGUUAGCUGCAAGGCUCUUAAAACUUCGAUAUCUCGUACUGGGAUCUGCUGUGGGUGGUGGCUAUACAGCAAAAAAGACUUUUGAUCAGUGGAAAGAUAUGAUACCAGACCUUAGUGACUAUAAAUGGAUUGUCCCUGACAUCGUGUGGGAAAUUGAUGAGUAUAUUGAUCUUGAGAAAAUUAGAAAAGCACUUCCUAAUUCAGAAGACCUUGCAAAGUUAGCCCCAGACUUGGACAAGAUUGUUGAAAGCCUGAGCUUAUUGAAGGGCUUUUUCACCACAGGUCACAAAUUGGUUAGUGAAGUCAUAGAAGCUUCUGACCUACUUCUCUUGUUAGGUUCACCCGGAGAAACAGCAUUUAGAGCAACAGAUCAUGGAUCUGAAAGUGACAAGCCUUAUAGGAAGGGUCUGCUUGGUGAGCUCAUUCUCUUACAACAGCAAAUCCAAGAGCAUGAAGAGGAAGCACGCAGAGCCGCUGGCCAAUAUGGCACAAGCUAUGCCCAGCAGAAGCGCAAGGUAUCAGACAAAGAGAAAAUUGACCAACUUCAAGAAGAACUUCUGCAUACUCAGUUAAAGUACCAGAGAAUCUUGGAACGUUUAGAAAAGGAGAACAAAGAAUUGAGAAAAUUAGUAUUGCAGAAAGAUGACAAAGGCAUCCAUCAUAGAAAACUUAAGAAAUCUUUGAUUGAUAUGUAUUCUGAAGUUCUUGAUGUUCUGUCUGAUUAUGAUGCAAGUUAUAAUACACAAGAUCAUCUACCACGGGUCAUUGUGGUUGGUGAUCAGAGUGCUGGGAAAACGAGCGUGUUGGAAAUGAUCGCACAGGCACGAAUAUUCCCCAGAGGCUCUGGGGAGAUGAUGACGCGCUCUCCAGUGAAGGUGACUCUGAGUGAAGGUCCUCACCAUGUGGCCUUGUUUAAAGAUAGUUCCCGGGAGUUUGAUCUUACCAAAGAGGAGGAUCUUGCAGCAUUAAGACAUGAAAUAGAACUCCGAAUGAGGAAAAAUGUGAAAGAAGGUUAUACUGUUAGCCCGGAGACCAUAUCAUUAAAUGUAAAAGGCCCUGGACUACAGAGAAUGGUGCUAGUUGAUUUACCAGGUGUGAUUAAUACUGUGACAUCAGGCAUGGCUCCUGACACUAAGGAGACUAUUUUCAGCAUCAGCAAAGCUUACAUGCAGAACCCUAAUGCCAUCAUACUCUGUAUUCAAGAUGGAUCUGUGGAUGCUGAACGUAGUAUUGUUACAGACUUGGUCAGUCAAAUGGAUCCGCAUGGAAGAAGGACCAUAUUUGUUUUGACCAAAGUGGACUUGGCAGAAAAAAAUGUAGCUAGCCCAAGCAGGAUUCAACAGAUAAUUGAAGGAAAACUAUUUCCAAUGAAGGCUCUAGGUUAUUUUGCUGUUGUAACAGGAAAAGGAAACAGCUCUGAAAGCAUUGAAGCUAUAAGAGAAUACGAGGAGGAAUUUUUUCAGAAUUCAAAACUCCUAAAAACCAGUAUGCUAAAGGCACACCAAGUGACGACAAGAAACUUAAGCCUUGCUGUAUCAGACUGCUUUUGGAAAAUGGUACGAGAGUCAGUUGAACAACAGGCUGAUAGUUUCAAGGCAACGCGUUUUAACCUUGAAACUGAGUGGAAGAAUAACUAUCCUCGUCUGCGAGAACUUGACCGGAAUGAACUGUUUGAAAAAGCUAAAAAUGAGAUUCUUGAUGAAGUUAUCAGUCUGAGCCAGGUUACACCAAAACAUUGGGAAGAAAUCCUUCAACAGUCUUUAUGGGAAAGAGUAUCAACUCAUGUGAUUGAAAACAUCUAUCUUCCAGCCGCACAAACCAUGAAUUCAGGAACUUUUAAUACUACAGUGGACAUCAAGCUUAAACAGUGGACUGAUAAGCAGCUUCCCAAUAAAGCAGUAGAGGUUGCUUGGGAGACCCUACAAGAAGAAUUUUCCCACUUCAUGACAGAACCGAAAGGAAAAGAACAUGAUGACAUAUUUGAUAAACUUAAAGAAGCUGUUAAAGAGGAAAGUAUUAAGCGCCACAAGUGGAAUGACUUUGCAGAGGACAGCUUGAGGGUUAUUCAGCACAAUGCGCUGGAAGACCGGUCCAUCUCCGAUAAGCAGCAGUGGGACGCAGCCAUUUACUUCAUGGAAGAGGCUCUGCAGGCUCGGCUCAAAGACACUGAAAAUGCAAUUGAAAACAUGAUAGGUCCGGACUGGAAGAAGAGGUGGCUUCACUGGAAGAACAGGACCCAAGAAGAGUGUGUUCACAAUGAAACCAAGAAUGAACUGGAGAAGAUGUUGAAAUGUAAUGAGGAGCACCCAGCGUAUCUUGCAAGUGAUGAGAUAACCACAGUCCGGAAGAACCUUGAAUCCCGGGGAGUUGAAGUCGACCCAAGCUUGAUUAAGGACACUUGGCAUCAAGUUUACAGAAGACAUUUCCUAAAAACAGCUCUCAACCAUUGUAACCUUUGUCGAAGAGGCUUUUAUUACUACCAAAGACAUUUUGUAGACUCUGAGCUGGAAUGCAAUGACGUUGUCCUGUUUUGGCGAAUACAACGCAUGCUUGCUAUCACUGCAAAUACUUUAAGGCAGCAACUUACAAACACUGAAGUUAGGCGACUAGAGAAAAACGUUAAAGAAGUAUUGGAAGAUUUUGCUGAAGACAGUGAGAAGAAAGUUAAGUUGCUUACUGGUAAACGGGUUCAGCUGGCAGAAGACCUCAAGAAAGUUAGAGAAAUUCAAGAAAAACUUGAUGCUUUCAUUGAAGCUCUUCACCAAGAGAAAUAAAUUUUAUUAACCAGUUGUUCCUUCUAAUUUUAAUGGUAUGAAUCUCUGAAACCAGCCUGUGAUGUCCCUUUGAGUAACUUGGUUACCUGCCAGCUGAACUAAACCAUUUGGACAGAGCCAAGGUGAACAGAGGGCUAAGAUAUUUUAUAACAUGCAGAAUUCUACUGGUAACAUAAUCACCUCUCCAUAUAUCUGAAGAAAGAAAACUCAGUCUUUUGUCCUGCCUCUUCUGCUGUCCCACCUUUCUAAGCAUACAAUAAAAGUCCUGGGGUAAAAUAACUGACGUGUGUCUCAGGCGCGUACCCAUGAGCUGCCUUCUGAGUGGGAGAACAACAGAGAUGGCGUUAGCAGCCCGUUUGUACUGAAGGCGCGACCGGGGUAACGUAACUGGUGUGGCCACUACGUAUGGCCUCGAAGGUGAGGAACUGGCCAUGUGCUUGUUGUCUUUCUCUUGGUGGCACUAGUGUAAUUCAUUAGCAGGUGCUACUUGCUGUCGGUUUCUUUUCCAGAAAUGCAAUGCUAGUUGUUUUGGAAUAAAAUUUAUAGCAAUUUUUAAGAGUUAUCAACUGUAUAUAAAAUGAUGGUAGCCUGCUAAAGUAUCAUCUGUAUCUGUCAUGUUCUAUAUCCAAGGAACCAUUUGACCGUGGGAGUCCGUUUAUAUUUACCAUGUGAAAGAAAACUGGCUAAGAGAGGAACCCUGUGAUAGGCUGGUCUGACUUACAAAGGUUCAAUGUCUGUUCACUUUUAAAACUUCAGCCUUUCAUUGCCAGCUUAGAAAUUUGCCUUGGAAGACAGAUCCCCUCCACCUGCUGUUUUUAUACUCUCUAUAUCCAGUGAAAAUUGAUUCAUUUUGGAUGUUGUAUACUUAGGCUUUCUGUUAACAGCAAUUUUUUUCCUGUUGACAGAGCGAUUGUGUGACACAGGAUGAGGAAGAUUAAGGAUGAUCAGUUGACUAAUUUCACUUAGAAUUGUGUCAAACGCUGGAAGUAGGCAUAAGGAAAUGGCUUCAUUUCAUGUGACCGUUUUAUUUCACUCUGUUUCUUUUCUUUUGCAGUACUGGGUGUGGAACCCAGGGCCUUGCGCAUCCUAGGCAGCACUCCAUCACUGAGCUAGUCCGUAACCCCCAGUGGACUGUUUCAAACAGAAAUUAUGUCAGCAUUUAGAAUAGUUUUGACCAUUCGCCCUCAGCUGAAAAUUUAAAGUUGAAUUCAUUGCAGUUCAGUUGCAGUGAUAUGCUCCCGAUAUUUUCUUGUGUUUUAUGUUACAUGAUUUUUUAAUUGGCCAAAAAAUUUUAAAGCAAAGAAACAUGCCAUCUUUUAAUUAAACUGUCUUUCUCAUUUCCUACCUUUUUAUUAAGCCUUUUAUGUGGACAAAAAUGCUCAUGUGACAGUUUUUAUUUUGCAAGUUACUACAUUUUGUAGUUUUCUUGGAUUGGUUUUUUGGUAACAAUUCCCUUGCUACCGUCCACUUUUUAUUUUUUAAUACCUGUGUAUCCUUCAUUAUGAAGAUCUGACACUUAAUAUGCAAGACUCGAGAAUGUCACAAAAUCUGUCAGAAAUUCUGAACACCAUAAAUAUUUGUUUUAAAGUGAUAAGGAAAGUGGAUCCAGUUUUCCGCAGCUGGUAGCUCUUGGGUAAGCACAGCAGUGAGCAGUGAGACUCUUUCCUGUGUGCUGCCCUCAGGGGAAGUGGCUCCUGCCCUCAGUCCCGCUGUGCCUGGUGACCUCACCAGAAGCAGCCAUCCUGUAGCAGCAGUGAUGAUUUUGCAGUGGCGGAACACUCAUUUUAGCCACAGCUCUUUCCACAACAGGAAGAGAGAGGGUCAUAUUUGUUUCUGUGAACUACAGAUAGAAAAAAAUGCCAUCAGUUGUAUUUCUAAAUACUUCUCCCAAGCAAAAAGCUGAUGUUUGGGAGUAAUCUUUCACAUCCCUCAAGUUUUCCAGAGAGAGGAGGAGAAACUUCUUUUCUUUGAAGAGAUCAAUCAGUAUUGUAACUUAAAUAUUUAAGUAGAUGAUAAAAGUAUUAUCAAAAAUCCCAUGUGACCCCUGACAUCCUGACAUUCUCCCGAACCCGCUCAGUAAUAAUUGUUUCGUGGAUUUUUUUUUAGCUGAUCUCAUACUAAACAUAUUUUUUUCCUUGAAAAUUAGGUAAAUACCUAGCUUUAUUAAAUGCAGAUGUUACAGAAAGAAAAAAUAAAAUUCAAUCCCAACAGUGAACCCCAUGUGUUGUGUCUGUAGCCCCAAAACUAGAAGAGCUUGAAAUUUAAAUUUAAAAAAUAACUUUAUGGGUGCAGUCUACAGAAGCUAAAGUCUAACUGGACAAGGAAUCAUUUGUUUUUCAUGUUAGAAUUUCUGAAGAAUGGAGUGAGGAAAACGCUGUAUGAAAGAUUGAUUAAUUUAAAAUAGAUGGCCGGGGAGUUAGCUCAGUGGUUCUGCUGCCUGCUUCGCAAGCACAAGGUCCCGAGUUCCAUCUCUGGUACCAAAAAAAUAAAAAUUUAAAAUAGUUGAUAUCCAAAGGUGAUUGGUCAGGAUUGUUCAUUUUAACGGUGUAUGGGGGCCGUGCACCGGAGGAAGCAAGCAGGCAGCUCUUGCUACUCCGCGCUGAACUGACUGAGCUACAGUGACUGGCAGGGCGCCCUGCCUUUCCAGCACCUUAGCUCUAUUCUGUCCUCUUUGUGUGGCCCCCAUUCUCCAAGCUUUGUUCCCAUGGCUCGUUUGCAGAAACUUAGUGACCAAAUGCAAAGAAAUCAUGUAGCAGGAGAAAGAGUGGUGCUUCCUGACUUUAUAAUUUGGGGAUUUCACAAUAAAAAAUUUAGAGUGUUGGUUUAAAAGACUAAUUCCUUAACCAGCUAAUCAUUUUGUAUUUAUUUAUUUUAGAUGUAUUUAUCUGAGUAAAGAAACAUUUUCUCUUUCCAAUAAAUGUAAUCAUAACAAUGACUUUUAUCUCAGUCACCUAAGCUGGCAUAUAUUUUCAGAUACUUUAGCAGUAUGGAAAUGUGCUUAAAAAUAUGCACAUUUUGAAUGAUCAUGGUUACAUGUUGUUUAAAUAUUUAAAACUUUGUGUUUGCUUGUUCAUUGUGAAUCGACUUUGUAGUUUUAAGACCUCACGUGACAUAUAGACAUUAUAGAACUUAUAUUUUGCCUGCACUUGAUCUAAGUUCAUUUGUGUGGAUGAAUAAUUAAAAGAUACUUAAUCACAUUAUAA